AUGUGCCUGUUAUCUCCCCUGUUAGACGGGCAAAGCCGGGACGGGGAGAAGGAGGCAGAAGCCCGCAUCAGCAGCAGCUCAGGCGGCCCCUCUGCGGAGCGCUCCAAGGCUCGCCCCCGACGGAAGCCCCGCGUCCUCUUCUCUCAGGUGCAGGUGUUCGAACUGGAGCGCCGCUUCCGGCAGCAGAGGUACCUGUCUGCGCCCGAGCGCGAGCACCUGGCCCGCGUGCUGCAGCUCACCUCCACGCAGGUGAAGAUCUGGUUUCAAAACCGCCGCUACAAGUGCAAGAGACAACGGCAGGACGCGUCCCUGGAGCUGGCCGGCCAGCCGCCCCCGUCACUGUCUGCCCGCAGGGUGGCGGUGCCAGUGCUGGUCCGGGACGGCAGACCCUGCGUGCGAGGGGGCGGCCAGUCCUACAGCACCCCGUACGCCCCCUAUCCCUGCUACAGCGCCCCUUACAGCGCUGUUCCAGCCUCCAGCUACCCACCCGCAGGCCCCUGCGCCAACCUGAGCUUUGGCAUGGUACAUCCGUCGGCCCAGAGCUCCCAGGGACAGCCGCCAGCCUCGCUGCAGGGCGUCAGGGCUUGGUGA